CAGUGCGGAUUCACAGACUUUCAUUUGAAGCAUUUACAGCUUGAGGACAGUUGUAAAUGUAACGCCGGCGCUUAUAUAUUGGGACGUUUUCUACUACAUACAAAGGAAAAAGCUUCCAUCCUUUGAUUAUUUCCAUCGGAGUGAUGGCGACAUUAAGAUCUCUGACCUGCAUUUCUUCAGAAUGCCGAUUAUUUUAUGAACUGCGACGUCGCAUAGAACUCCUUCUGUUGCUGCUUCUUGCGGUUAACAUGGUAGGUGGUCAAAUUCGGUAUUCUAUACCCGAGGAGAUGAAGAAAGGCUCUGCUAUCGGUAAUGUGGCGCAGGAUCUUGGCUUGGAUCUGAAAAGGCUCAGCUCAGGGCGGGCCCGUAUCGUGACCGGAGAAAACGUUCACUACACCGAGCUGCAGACAGACAAAGGGAUUCUGGUCGUGAAUGAGAGAAUAGACCGAGAGCAGCUUUGUGGGGACGUAACGCCGUGUAGUUUCAGCUUUGAACUGAUAUUAGAAAAUCCGAUGGAACUGCACCCCAUAACAAUAGAAGUCUUAGAUGUUAAUGAUCAUUCUCCGAUAUUCAAGAAAGCAAAUAUUAUGCUAGACAUUAGCGAGUCCGCAAAUCUCGGUGCCCGAUUUGUGUUAGAUAGUGCAGAGGAUCCUGAUGUUGGAGUAAAUGGACUUCAAAAUUAUGUUUUAACCUCGAACGACAACUUUGUUUUAAAACAGCAUGUGAAUCCAGACGGGAGUAAAUAUGCAGAGAUGGUGCUUCAGAGGCAGUUGGACCGAGAGAAGGUACCACAUCUAUCUUUGGAGCUUAUAGCAAUCGAUGGUGGAAAUCCUCAGAGAUCUGGCACCGUAAAUAUAGACCUUAAUGUUUUAGAUGUAAAUGACAACGCUCCCGUUUUCAAACAGUCUGUUUAUAAGGCGACGGUGAUAGAAAAUGCAGCAAAAGGUACUAAUAUUGUCACGGUGAAUGCUACAGACGCAGAUAGUGGAUCAAAUGGUUAUGUCACAUAUUCAAUUUCAAACGUGAAGAGCAAUAUAGCUGAUUUAUUGUCCAUAGAUCAGUUCUCUGGUUCGCUGUUUGUCUCAGGCCUCAUAGAUUUCGAAAAGGAUAAAAAAUAUGAACUCAGGAUAGAUGCAAAAGAUCAGGGUGGACUAACAGAUUCAAGCAAAGUGAUAAUUGAAGUAACUGAUGUUAAUGAUAACGACCCUAUCAUAAGCAUUAUGUCAUUCACUAGUCCCGUGUCCGAGGACUCUCCUCCUGGUACCACUAUUGGUAUCAUAAAUGUAAAAGAUCUGGACUCGGGUGAUAACGGACAAGUAAACUGUAGAAUAGAACAAAACGCGCCUUUCAAAAUUAAAUCUAAUUUAAGAAAUUACUAUACGUUGGUAACAGAUACUGUAUUAGAUCGUGAAAGCGUUUCAGAAUAUAACAUCACAGUUGUUGCGACAGAUGCAGGAAUACCUCCUCUUUCAACAAAAAGAACCUUUCAUUUAAAGGUCUCUGACGUGAACGAUAACUCUCCAGUAUUUUCUCAAAGUGUUUAUAGUGCGUUUAUUACAGAAAAUAACUCACCCGGCGUUUCUCUUCUUACUGUGGGAGCAAAAGAUCCCGAUGAAAACCAAAACGCCCGGAUAUCUUAUAUACUGGAGAACACUAAUAUUGGUGGAACUCCAGUUUCUGAAUAUGUUUCAGUAAAUGCAGAAAGCGGAGUCGUGCACGCAGUGCGCUCCUUUGAUUAUGAACAAAUCAAACAGCUGUUUUUUGUUGUGAAAGCGCAGGAUGGAGGCUCUCCUCCACUCAGUAACAAUGUGACUGUGAAAUUAAUAGUUCAGGACCAGAACGACAACCCCCCUCAGGUUCUGUACCCAGUCCAGACUGGUGGCUCUCUGGUGGCUGAAAUGGUUCCUCGUUCAGCAGAUGUGGGCUAUCUGGUGACUAAAGUGGUGGCUGUUGAUGUGGACUCUGGACAGAAUGCCUGGCUCUCCUAUAAACUGCAGAAAGCCACAGACAGGGCGCUGUUUGAAGUGGGCUUACAGAAUGGAGAAAUCAGAACUAUCCGCCAAGUCACUGAUAAAGAUGCUGUCAAACAAAGACUGACUGUUAUAGUGGAGGACAACGGGCAGCCCUCUCGUUCAGCUACAGUUGUUGUUAACGUGGCGGUGGCGGACAGCUUCCCUGAAGUGCUGUCGGAGUUCACUGAGUUGACGCACGAAAAGGAGUACAAUGACAACCUGACUUUUUACUUAGUCUUGGCUCUGGCUGUAGUUUCCUUCCUCUUCAUCACGUGUUUAGUGGUUAUUAUAUCAGUCAAAAUCUACAGGUGGAGACAGUCUCGCAUCCUGUAUCACUCCAACCUGCCUGUCAUUCCAUAUUAUCCACCACGUUACUCAGACACUUUGGGGACAGGGACUCUUCCACAUGUGUACAAUUACGAGGUGUGCAGGACGACUGACUCCAGAAAGAGUGACUGUAAGUUCGGCAGAGCUGGUAGUCAGAACGUGCUGAUAAUGGACCCCAGUUCUACAGGAACGAUGCAGCGGAUACAGAGUGAAAAGAGCAUCCUGGAUGAACCAGACUCUCCUCUAGAGGUGAGGUCCUGAAAUACUGACCAUAACCUGUGUCUGUGUAUUUUAAUGGAUUCAAUUGCGUCAUGGUAAUUCAUCAGAUGUUUUCAGAAACAUAAGUCGUUGACAGCUCCUUUAAUUAAAAGUUAAUCGUCCCAUUUGAAGUGCUGCUUAAUUCGUUAUGGGGUAGAUGUACAUGGAAUGUAUUGCAAUGCACCUGCUGCACUUAGUCCUGCAUUUUAU